AUGGCGGCGGGGGGGUGGCGGCCGCGGGGCCGGCGGGCGGCGGGGGGGUGGGCGCCGUGCACGGCGCUGGCGCUGGGGUGGGCGCUGGGGUGGGCGCUGGGGGCCGCCCCCCCCCACCGCUGCCGCCCCGACGCCGCGCUCCUGCCCCCCCCGCUGCGGCGCUUGGCCGGGGCCGCGCUGCUCCGCGCCGCCGUCCCGCGGCUCCGCGGCGGCUGGAGCCCCUGUCAGCUCUACCGGUACCGACCCCCCGGGCCCGGCGCCCCCCGCCCCAACGGCACCGGGCCCUGCACCCGCGGCUGGCACUACGCGCUGCCCGCCGCCGGCCUCCGCUCCAACCUCGUCACCCAGUGGGACCUGGUGUGUGCCGCGCGCUGGAAGGUGCCGCUGGAGCAAACCACCCACUUGCUGGGCUGGACACUGGGCAGCGUCGCCGCCGGCCUGGCCUGCGACAGGUUCGGCCGCCGGCCCGCCUUCGUGGUGUCCCUGGUGCUGGCGGUGCCCCUGGGCCUCGGCGUGGCGCUGGCCGUCAACUUUGUCAUGGUGCUGGUGGCACGGCUGCUCUUCGGGGCGGCGCUGGCCGGAGCCUUCCUCUCCCUCUACGUGGCACGUUUGGAGCUCUGCGACCCCCCGCAUCGCCUGGGGGUGACGAUGGUGGCCGGCUUCUUCUGGAUCGCCGGGGAGCUGCUGCUGCCGGGACUGGCGGUGCUGUGCCGGGACUGGCGGGUGCUGCAGGGUGCUGUCACCAUGAUCCUGGCUCUGCUGGCUGCCUGCUGGUGGUGCCCGGCGCUGCUGCUGGAGUCACCGCGCUGGCUGCUGGCCACGCGGCAGCCGGAGCGGGCCAGGAAGACCCUGCAGGCACUGGCCGAAAGCGGUGGUCCCGGCUCUGACGACAGCCCCAGCCUCCAAGAGAGCCUCCGCGAGGAGCUGGAGUCCCUCUCCGAGGGGUCCCCGCAGCCCCGCUACCACGUCGUCUGCGAGAUUUUCGGCACCAGGGUCAUCUGGAAGAACGGAGUCAUCCUCGGCUUCGCGGCGUUCAUCGGCUCCGGUAUCCGCCACUGCUUCACCCGCAACCUGGCCCCCCACCUGCCCCACUUCUUCUCCUCCUACUUCGUGCUGGUGGGCACCGAGGCGGCCGCCUGCCUCUUCGUCUGCCUGACGGCCGAGCGCUUCGGGCGCCGCGCCGUCCUCCUGCUCUGCACCGUCCUCACCGGCAUCUCCUCCCUCCUGCUGCUGGCCCUCACCCAGUACCUGCUGGAUCUCGUUGUCCUGACCCUCUCGGUGGUGGGCAUCACCGCCUCCCACGCCGUCACCACGCUCAGCAUCUUCUUCGCCAGCGAGGUCCUCCCCACCGUGGUCAGGGGUGCCGGGCUGGGCCUCGUGGUGGGGGCCAGUUUCGUGGGCAAGGCGGCCGCCCCCAUCACCGCCAUCCCCAACAGCCGCGGCUUCUUCCUGCACCACGUCGUCUUCGCCUCCUUCGCCAUCCUCGCCGUCCUCAGCCUCAUGCUGCUGCCGGAGAGCCAGGGCCGCAGCCUGCCCCAGUCCCUGCGGGACGGCGAGAGCCAGCGCCGGCCCCCCCUCUUCCACCGACCCCCCCGCGAGGACCACCUGCCCCUGCUCGCCCCCCACGCCAUCCCCCACGACUACUCUCACCUCGCCGCUUCCACCAAGACGAUGCUGGGCUCCCCGGCCCCCUCCCUGUGAAAUGUAGCUGUGCACCCCACCCCCCCCAGGGUCUCCCUGCUGCUGGGGGGGGGCGCUGAGCACAAUGCUGGCCCCCCCACACACACACCGUAGAGCACUGGAUCCUUGGGUGCUCACAGGGACGGCGGGGUGCAACCAGGACACGGGUGAAGGCUGGAGGGGAGGAGGGGGUCGAGGGAGGCAGCGCACCCACCCCCACGCUGGGGCCAGAUCCUGCCCCAGGAGGAGCUGUGCUGGGAGUCCUGGGGCGGGGGUGAUGGCCCCCCCCCCCCCCCCCCCCCCGCCGUAGGGGUGUUUUUGGCGGGCGGUCGCAGGCUGCCAAUAAAAGUGCCUUGUUUCUACAGGCGGCUGGCGCGGUCGGGGGCCCCGCACGGCACCCCCACCACCGGCCCCCCCUUCUCCAAGAUCUUUAUUAUGGAGGGGAACUGGGGGUCUCCUCGC